UAAAAGCACCUUUAAAAAAAUUUUUUUUCUUGAGCUAAGAUUAGCAAUUCAGGCGAAGAACAGUCUCAUAGUUACACUGUCAAGUUGAUUUCUGGAGUUUGUUUCUAACCCUAGGAAUUUGGCUCCUGAGCUGUUCUUGUCUAGUCCCUUAGCCAUGACACAGAAAGUCCUUAUCAGGAGCCAGGUGCACAGCAAGGACUGGUGAGACUGAGGCACUGUUGCUGUGUCCAUGUAUUACUUUUGCUGUCGUUCUUUCCUAUUCCUCAGUGUCUCUGAGCCCUUGCUGGGUGUGCCUUACAGCCCCCUGGGGAUUGUCCCAGCUGUGUCCCAGUCUGCAGUGUCUUCCUGCCUGGGUAGCCUCUGUCAUGCACACUGCUGGGAUCUGGCCAGGCAGCACUCUCUGUACCCUGGAGCACAGCCCCGAGCUCAGCCCUCUGGGGGUGCUUGGUGCUUGGCCCUUGGGUGUCUGUGCCUUUUGCUGCGCUUGAGUGACACAGACUCAUGUCCUGUCACCAGUGCCAAGGCAGAUUCUGCUCCCUGUGUUUGCCUUCCCAGGUGUCUGUCACCUUUGAAGAUGUGGCUGUGAGAUUCACUGCGGAGGAGUGGGGGCUGCUGGACCUUUCCAAGAGGACCUUGUACUGGGAGGUGAUGCUGGAGACCUGCGGGCUUCUGCUUGCUGUGGGCUGUCCUAUGUCCAAGUCAGAGCUGAUCUGCCAGUUGGAGCACAGACAGGCAUUGAGGAAGGCAACAGAUGACCUCUCCCAAAGCAUCUGUCCAGGUAACAGCACAAAACCCAGCACCACCAAGCCCAGUGCUGUUUACCAGGCCUGGCCUGAGGAAUCCUGGCUCCAUGACCAGGAGACAGAAGGAACCUGUGGGGGCUCCCUGUUGUCACUGCACCAGAGUCAGGAUGGGCCCCGUGAAGUACAGGAAGGACUUCUGAGACCUGGGCUGAUGUCCCCAAGGGAGAAGCUUCCUGGGACUAGGAGCCCUGGAGGUGAUGGCAUGGGGUUGGCUGACAGUGUGUGUUCAGAGACGGUGCAUGGGAACGUCUCUCCACACCCAGCUCCCUCUGUCAGUGACUCCCAUGGGUCAGCUGCAGAUCACUUGGUCCAUGAAGGAAAAAAUCUCUUCAAAUGCAAGGAAUGUGGGAAAGUGUUUAAGAAGGAACACUUACUCAUUCAACAUAAGUUAAUUCACACGGGAGUGAAACGCUAUGAAUGUACAGAGUGUGGGAAGUCCUUCCGCAAGAGCACUCACCUCCUCCAGCACCAUAUUGUCCACACCAGGGAGAGGCCAUAUCUGUGCUUAGAGUGUGGCAAGGCAUUCAGCCGCAAAUCGUACCUUGCCCAGCACCAGCGUACGCACAGUGGAGAGAAGCCUUACAAGUGCACUGAGUGUGGACAAGCUUUUGCCCACCGCUCCACAUUUGUUUUGCAUAACAGAGUGCACACUGGAGAGAAACCUUUUGUGUGCAAAGAGUGUGGCAAAGCCUUUCGAGAUAGACGAGCUUUCAAUCGUCACAACAUCUUUCACACCGGAGAAAAGCCCUUUCAGUGUUCAGAGUGUGGCAAGGCCUUCAAUCAACGGUCUUACCUCACGUGGCACCAACAGACUCACAAGGGAGUGAAACCCUUCCAAUGCAGUGAAUGUGGGAGAGGAUUUUGUGAGAUUGCAGGACUCAUUCACCAUUAUGUCAUCCAUACAGGGGAGAAGCCUUAUAAGUGUGUAGAGUGUGGGAAGGCCUUUCUACGUGAACCACAUCUUAAGCAACACCAGCGCAUCCACACUGGGGAAAAACCUUAUGUGUGCACUGAGUGUGGAAAGGCCUUUGCCCACUAUUCCACUUUGACCUUACACAGAAGAGCCCACACUGGAGAAAAACCCUUUGAAUGCAAAGAAUGUGGGAAAGCGUUCACCAAUCGGAAAGACCUCAUCCGCCAUGUUAGCAUCCACACAGGAGAGAAGCCAUAUGAGUGCAUGGAGUGUGGGAAGGCCUUCAACCGCAGGUCACAUCUGAUAAGGCACCAUCGGAUUCACAAUGAGGAGAAGCCCUACAAAUGCAUGCAGUGUGGGAAAACCUUUUCCCGGAGCACAAACCUCAUUCAACACUCCAACAUCCACACUGGUGAUAAGCCCUAUAAAUGCAGUGAGUGUGGAAAAGCCUUCAGCCUCAGCUCCUCCCUCAGGUACCAUCAAAGGAUGCACACAGGAAACUCUGCCAGGGUCAGAGAUGCAGAAAAGCCCUUCACCAGUGUGCAAGCCUCUGUCAACAUUGAAGGACUCAUAUUAGGGAAAGACUUCCUUCAUGCACCCACUGAGAAACAUCAGUGUUCAAGGGAAUUGUCUGUCAGAGCCUCUGGUCAUUCAUACCACAGAGAAACUGUUAGUGCCAUCUCUAUAAAAAGAAUGUAAAUAGUAAUCAUUUGUCGUCUGGAGUCAUGUUUGAAAAUAGCCCAGUCUGUAGUCUUCUACAUCUGAGUAUUUGUCCAUGAGAGUUUAGUGGCUGCUCUUAGGAACUCAUUUUGUACCCCAAGCUGGCCUCAGACUCAGCCACACAUUGCUAGUACAUGCUGAAAUGUUAUCCAAAGGACUUUUUUGUUUCUUUAUUUUCUGUGGUCCUAGGGGAUGGAACCCAGAGUCUGUGCACUAAACUACAUUCCACCCCAUCUGCCCCCACCCCAGUUUUUUGAGAAAGGAUCCUGCUGGGUCAAUAAGAUAUCCAUGCUAGGCCCAAGCUAUGAUCCUCCCAGGCUCAGCGUCCCAGCAUACUGGGAUUAUAGGUGUGUGUGAAUUACUUGGUUUUGUAGAAUGUUGUAUUGGCAGAGGCCCAAA